AUGAAAGCUUUCAUGUUCGCAAUAACUACUCCCAUCCGUACAGCAGGAAAAAACAAUUUCAAACCUCCUGCCACGUCAAAGUGCAAUUGCAUUCAAGCGUUGAUGCUCAUGCUACUAACUCCAAGUCUCCAACCCACAAAGCAAAAUUUGGCUACUCAAAUAGCCAAAUAUGACUCUUUAGCUCCUCAAUCUCCAUUCUCACUCCUCAACGAUCGCAUAUUUCAUGUGCGGGCAUGGACACCCACGAUUUCCAAACAGGUGUUUGAUGAUUUGGCAGUGGCUCCAUUCCACGUCCAGCUAUGGGAUAUCAAGGAGGGAUGUUGCACACCCCAGUUUGGGCGAAAAAUCGCCAAUGAUAAGAUUGGAAAGGUACUGGAAACUGGCAUCUUUACUUGCCAUGAUUGGGACCAAUGCUUUGUGAAAGUGAGAACAAUGAUAGACUUCUCCAAGCCGCUGAGGUCGCAGGUAAUGGCGGCUAAUGAUGAAAUUGGGUGCUUUUGGGUGGCCCUCAAAUAUGAGCAGCUACCGAGCUUAUGUUUCCGAUGUGGCCGGGUUGGGCAUUUCCAGCGCGAGUGCACGUUCGACCCUCCUGCUAGAAAGGAAAAAUUUGGCAUGCACAUGUCAACUCGGAAGCGGGGGGUAAAGGUCUACGUGGCUGAUGAGGAGAACCCUCCAACCGUUUGGGUCAACCAAAAUCUGCGGCAGUCACAGAGGGCAAAUGAGGAGUCCUCUGGCAGACCAGCGGCUCGGAAAGAAGCAAGCAUGGAGGGCGAACAUGAAGGAGGACGGCUGGUCACUGUUGCUGUUGAGAAGUUGGAGGCUCGGCAGGCUCGGGUCGGACCUCGUGGAGGUGGCGGCUCGCGGCAGGAGACUCCGCGGGACACGCGGCAUGGUGUGUCGGGGGAGGUGCCAGCCCGGCAGCACCCUAGUCCCCGGGGAUUCUUGGUUUCCAAACCAGUGCGCCUGCAACGUUUGGGUCGAUCGAAUACGCCCAUGGAGGUGGAGCAGGGGGCCGCGCACCUGGAGCAAAGGAGCCGGCGGGAGGGAAAGGGAAGGGUAAAGGCUGAGGGAAAUACAGUGGAAUCGCCUCGUGUUGGCCGCAAGCAGCUGAGUGUGGCCGCUGUUCAUGGCCAGCAGGGGGUGCGACGGGCGGGGAAGAAGAAACUUCGUCGUGGUUUGAAGUAA